CGACCCUGAGAGUCCAUAGACUCGAAGUUGAAAAUAAUCUGAGGACUGCUCAAGAUGGAGUCCGUAACUACUCCAGACCCGAGAGCCUCACCAUACCGUGUACAUCGACUGGACGGUCUACCUCCCGAGGCCAUAUACGUCCCAAACUUUAUAACCGAGUAUGAAGAGGAGUACCUCUUGAAACGGGUCGCUGAAUCGCCUCAGCCAAAGUGGAAGACGCAGAAUACAGGAAGGAGAGUUCAAUACCUUGGUGGUACUCUGUCGAAGAACAACGUUUUGAUCCCAGAAUCCCUUCCUGAGUGGAUUACUCAUUUCCCUGCGUUGAUCGAGCGAAUACGAAGCGUCGUGGCCGAACUGGAAGAUCGCCACGUUCCCAACUUACCGGAGAAGCAAGACUCAAAAAGUAGGGAGGAAAAGCUGAAAGGGUGGACACCGAACCAUGUGCUCAUCAAUGAGUAUCAAGCUGGACAAGGCAUCGCUCCGCACGAAGACGGACCCGCCUACCUCCCCAUCGUAGCGACCGUCUCCCUCGGUUCCCCUCAAACGCUAGAGAUCUUUCAGUACCUCGCCGAAUCGGAUCCAAGUCCACCUCUGACAGGUUCCAGCCGAUCGGACGUCUUUGGCAGCGGGUGCGGGAGGCCGAUUGCAACGACCCCGAUGGGUUGUAUCUACCUCGAACCGAGGUCAUUGUUUAUCAGCAGGAAGGCGAUCUACGAGACGUUCUUGCACGGGAUCAGUCCGGUGGAGGAAGAUGUAUUCGAGCUCGACGGUGGCGAAAUUGGUAACGAUGAUGGAGGGGAAGCGAGGAUCAAGGUCAAGCUGGCCGGAGUGGAAGUGUCGAACUCGGACCAUCUGAAUCCCGCCACGAAAGAGCGACUGAGAGACGCUAUCAAGGCUGGUAAAAAGGAAGUGAGGAUCAUGAGGGAUAAAAGGGUCAGCUUGACGUUCAGGCGGGUAGAAAAGGUGUUGCAGGGCGGUCUGGCGGUGGGGAUGCUUGGUAGGGGAACCGCUGGAGCGAGACGUUAA